AGGGAAACAACGAUGAGUCUCCUCACACUCUCUUGUCUUUCCGGCCCUUCCCUCCUUCCACUCACCCUUCUCCCCAAAACAACCUUCAGAUCAUACAUCACCACCCCCUACACCCCUCACGCUCCCCCAUCCUCUCGUCGACCGCCUCGUCCUUCUUCACCAGCACAUUUCACCGGACAUCCAACCCUUCACACGGCUCUCUCAGAACUUCGUACCACACUCCAAGAAGCUCAAACUCUUCUUCGUCAAGAUCACAUCUAUCCUCUUCCUACAUCUUUACCAUACCUCCAACCUCCUGCGACAUCCUGGAUACAAAGGGAUGAACUGGCAGUUAGGUUCUCAUGUCGUAUCAGGACAAAAUCUCAUAAUGCAGUGGUGGAAUUACUCAAUGAGAUGCAUCAUCUUCGACAUGUCGCGUCUGUGGCAGGAGCGGAUCAAGCUGCUGUAAAGUUGGCAGAAGCUUUGAACGUGUAUGAAAGGAUUAAAGACCGAGAGGGUGUGAUGAAUGGUGAAAAAGAUAAUGAGAAAAAUGGAGUGGAUGAAUAUGGGAGAAGUUUUGGAUUUGGAAGAAGGAAAGAAAGUUCAGCUAGGGUUUGGUUGAUACCCACCAAAACCUCUAGGAAUGUCUUCAAUCCCAUAAACAACGACACUGGAAACGGAGAAUCAAAUUCAAUCCCUAUAGCUCAAGUAUUAAUAAACCAUCAACCAUUAUCAACUUAUUUCUCAAGGAUAUCAGAUAGAGAAACCAUCCUUAGACCUCUCCGUCUCGCAGCGGUUUUAGGAGGAUACAAUAUCUUCGCUUUGGUUCGAGGAGGUGGGACGACAGGUCAGGCAGGAGCUAUAACAUUAGGUUUAGCAAGAGCUUUAGCUGUUAUGCGUGAAGAUUCAAGACGUAUUCUUUUCAGAGAUGGUGCUUUGAUGAGAGAUACAAGAAUGGUUGAACGUAAAAAGACUGGGAAAGCAAAAGCUAGAAAAGCUUACACUUGGGUCAAACGUUGA